AUGAAAGGCACGAAAAACUUAUAUAUUGCCAAUUCUGGUCCCGUUGCUACUGUAGUGAAAUGGCGAAUUGGUGCUUCAACUGGUACGGUUGUAGCCGGUACUGUUGGGGUUCCGGGAAAUAGUUCAACGCAAUUAUAUUCACCAAUGGGAAUAACACUAGAUCAAUGGUACAAUAUAUAUGUGGCUGAUCGUACAAAUAAUCGGGUUCAACUUUUCUGCAAUGGAAGUUCGACAGGUAUCACAAUUGCCGGACGUGGAAGUGGUGGUAGCAGUAUUUCUGCUCCAUAUGACGUAAAAUUGGAUUCACAACUUAAUUUGCGAGAAAAAAAUAUUAAAAUAUUAAACUUUUCAGCGCAAGACACCAAAAAGCAAGCGCUGCGAUUUUAUAGCAUGUCGGCUACUACUGCAUCAGCUUCAGGUGAUCAACAGCCUGUCUCUUUGUGCAUAGCACAAAUUGAACAAGUACGUUCUCAAUUACAAUCCGAUAUUGAAAUGUUACAAUCGUCUAUUCAACGUCUUCAAUUUGCUCAAGAACGGUUUGGUGAAUUAAGUUGA